AUGGGAAAACCAAAUACAAUACUUGACUUUUUCAAAAGAAAAAAUGCACAAAGUUCAAAUGUCAAUGUUAGUGAUACAUCGUCGCCAACUUCUGAUAUCAUAGUUUCUGAAAAUUCUUCUAAAAAAUCUCGAAGAAUUGACGUCAAUGAAUUUGAUAUUAGUUCAUUGGAGUUUGAUCCUAGAUUACGUCGUCAAAUAUGGGAGUAUAAUGUUAAUCAACGGGAUGAAAUUCGACGAGCUUACAUUCAAGCUGGUCCGUACCAAUUUAUCCUUAAAGAGUAUCCAAAAUCUGGAAAUCCAAAUCAUCUUCGUAGCUUUCAACCUUCAUGGUUCAAUUUAUUUCUUACAUGGCUUGAAUAUUCGAAGAAAAAAGAUGCAGCAUUUUGUCUACCAUGCUUUCUCUUUAAUAAGCCAUCUGGGCAUCCUACACAACGUGUAUUCACUAUAGAUGGAUUCAGGAAUUGGAAGAAAGUUAGAGAUGGAAAAAAUUGUGCUUUUCUCAAUCAUAUUGGAAAAGAUCCUAAUUCAUUUCAUAGAAUUGCUAAGAGGUCAUGCGAAGACUUGAAGAACUGGUCUCAACACAUACAAAAUGGUAUUGCUUUUAGAGGUCGGGAUGAAAGUGUGGAUUCAACGAAUCGUGGAAAUUUUCUUGAAAUAUUGAAUUUGAUAGUUUUAUAUAAUGAACAAAUUGCUGAAGAGACAAUUCGCAAAGAAAUUGGUAAUGCAAAGUUUCGCAUAAUUGUUGAUGAAGCUCGUGAUGAGUCAAUGAAGGAGCAAAUGGCUAUAGUUUUAAGAUUUGUUGACAAAGAUGGCUUUGUGCGGGAACGCUUUUUUGGGCUUGUUCAUGUCUCUAAUACUGCGGCAGUAACCCUACAAAAUGGUAUAUAUUUUGUAUUGUCUCAACAUAAGUUAGCGAUUGAAAAUAUUCGAGGGCAAGGAUAUGACGGCGCAAGUAACAUGCGAGGUGGGUGGAAUGGGUUGCAAGCUUUGGUUUCAAAUGAUUGUCCAUAUGCCUACUACAUUCAUUGUUUCGCACAUUGUUUUCAAUUGGCAUUAGUGGCAGCAUCAAAGGAAGUUAUUCAUGUUCAUCAAUUUUUUACUAAUUUGACUUCUAUUGUCAAUAUCGUUUGUGCUUCGUGCAGUCGAUUUGAAGAAUUGCGGAUUGCCCAAACAGCUGAAAUUGCUUACCUAAUUGAAAUUGAUGAGAUUCAGAGUGGAAGAGGACUUAAUCAAAUUAGUAAUUUACAACGGGCUGGAGAUACUCGUUGGAGUUCUCACUUGAGAUCAGUUUCUAGCUUGAUCAAAAUUUUUAGUCCAGCUUGUGAAGUUCUUCUUAAAAUAAUUGAUGUGGGAACUACUUCUUCCCAAUGA